GGGUGUCCUGCCUCCCGGUGUUGCCUGCACCUUGGAGUGGGCACACGUGUCCUUCCCACCCCGCCCUUCGACCUCGCCCCAGCCGGGCCUCAGGGCACGCGGAGCUCGUGGGCCCCAGAGGUGAUUCUGCCUCCACGAUGUCCUCCUUCCUGGAGGCGAGCUCUUCGCAGGCGCCACAUCGCCAGCAAAAAGAGAAAGAAAAAAAAGAAAAGAAGAAGCGGACAGGGAAGGGGGCCUUAGCGGCGUUGGGCAUCAUCUCGGCCACGGGAGGGCGCCCCAUGACAGCGGCGGCGUUUCCAACAGAGACUACAGCCUCGCAGUGUCCAAGGAAGAAGCCCAGGCCAGCCCUGCCAGGGGACCUUGAGGCAUGGAGCUCGCGGGGACCCCUAGCCCAACCUCCGGUCUGGUCCCCAGGAACAGCAAUCAGCAAGCAGCAAGCAGGGCGGGCUGCAGCCCCAGAGCAGCAGAAUCAAGGUUUUGGUAGGAAGGCAUCAUCCCAAAAUGUCAUCACUAAGGAAGAGGAGUGUCUAAAGGAACUGGAGGAACUCAAAUUUGAAAUCCAGAAGUGUCAAUUCGAGAGGGAUGAACUUUAUCAAAUCCUGGAUCUUUAUAUCUAUGAUGAGUGGGACCACAGGCUGCAUGUCGAAUUGCCAGUCCUUCAAUCUGAACAUGAGAUGAGAAUGAUGGCUAUGCAAAUGAUGACCAACUCAAUAAGUGAUGCCAUGGAGAGGUACAAGGAGCUCAUACAAGUGAACAGUUCCUACCGCAUCAGGCACUCCCAGCUCCUGCGUGAACAAGCUCAAUUGAAGAACAAUAUACAGAUUUUGCUGAAUGUGAAGAGAGAACUGCUGGUGGAGCAGACUGAACUGCCAGCAUUCUCUGUGGAGACAAAAAGGCUCUGUGAAGAGGCCGGAAUGAACAUCUGUGACCCCAGUGCCACGCAACAGCAGGUCUGAAAUUCUCCAGCAGAAACUCGAACAUGACACAGACCAGGAUAAGAUCUCCCUUGGAGAGAAGAGCUACAGGAGGAGAACUAAGUGUGCACAGCAAAUACACCACUAUUGUGUCUCAUCUGUAGUGUCCAUAGCAAUUGUGGACUGCAUUUUCCUCCUUUAGUUUAACUUCUUUGGAUUGAAUAGGCCGUACUUUCACCUCAGCCUCUCCAACAAAUGUGCACUUUUUGAGGGACUCAGAGAAGUGCUGAUGCACAUCAAUCAAGAGCUGCUGGUCAUCCAGAAAGACUGUGCAUGUGUAAAUUUGUACUUGUCCUGAUGGGUCAUCCAGAAGAGUUUCAUGGAGAUCAGUUCACAACAUUGGAAAGACUUUGUGACAAAGUCUGUAAUAUCAUUUAUACUCAGUAUUGGUAGGCUUUUUCCUUAAUACCCCCACUCCAACAAAACAGACCUACUUCCACUCCUCUCGAAAAGAUUGUUACCAUCACUAACUGCUUGUCUACUAUGUCUCCAAGGCAAGCCACAGGCUAUAAGUCUAUUCUGCAAAAGGAGCAGCAAAAGAAUGCUUAGCGCAAUUCUUCUAUUUAAAGUUUGGUUAAUUUUUAAUUGUUUUGGUUAUUUGGUUUUCCUUCUAUUCAUUUGAAGAUUUAUUAUUUAUCUGUUGUUGUUGUUUUGUUCAUUUGCUUUUCUAUUUUGAUAAGGAUAUAGACUGUAUAUAUUUACUACCUGCAUCUGGUUACUAUCAAGUAAAUUGGAUGUAUUCUGGUCAAUAAAGGAGUAAUCUUAAACUCUUCA